AUGGUGUACCCUGCAAUAAUCUUGACUGCACUCCUCUCUGCACAAGCUGUAUUGGCUUCCGACAAGUCUAAAUCACCGACGGAAGUGAGCACUUGCUCUCCUUCGACGGUUACACAAACGGUAACCUCCACAGUGACUCUCUUUAUCGCAUCGACUACAUCCUCCAAGCAAGUACCUCCUUCAAGCUCUUCGCCAUCUCUGUCCAUCAAAGGGGAAGAUAAGAAGUUGACGAGCACUAGCUCAUCUGUAAACACUGCCAAAGCUUCGGACGAUAACAAGUCAAAAACCAAAACAUCUACGGUAUCUUCAGUGGCGACGACCUCGAAAGUCGACGACAAGAAAGCUUCAAGUACUAGCACAAGUAGAUCCGUCGACGACAAGUCGAAGAGCAGUUCUUCGACCACUUCUUCCAUCGCUGCCUCAGUCUCAUCCUCAUCCUCCAGCUACACAGUUUCAGCUAUCCAAAUCAAGUCGACGCCAUCCCUAUCCACUUCGUUCAUCUACGAUCUCGAUAAUCAACCAAUUGCUGCGCCCGUCAUCAGAACCGCGACUGGCCUUUCUCUGAAUAAGACCAUGUAUGUUGUGGAUAUGGCUCAAAGCACUAGUGAACAGAUCGCGAAUUACCAUGCCAAAGGAAAGACCGUGGGGUGUUACUUCAGUGCAGGUACCUGGGAACCCUACAGAUCAGAUGCCAAACAAUUCCUACCUGAAUGUUAUUGUGGACCCAAUGUUUCCAUCGAUUCUACCGGUCGAUGUACGGGUUCAGGAUCAGACGCCAACUUACUGGGAGAAUGGGGAGAAUGGUGGCUUGAUAUCCGUUCUGAGAAAUGCUUGAACAAUAUCAAAAGUAUCAUGACGGAUCGGAUCAAAGCUGCCAAACAGAAGGGAUGUGACUCGGUCGAUCCUGAUAACGUUGAUGCUUGGACCAAUCAGCAAGACUUCGGAAUUACCAAGCAAGACGAAGUCAACUACCUUCUGUGGUUAUCAUCUACGGCUUGGUCCAAUGGAAUGGGUAUAGAUCUGAAAAACUCAGGUGAUCUGAUCACUGAUCCCGAUACUGGCAAACCUACCAAUUGGACUACAUCUCUUGUCAAUGCUUUCGAUUUCAACGUGAUCGAAUCCUGUUAUCAAUACGACGAAUGUGAGAAAUACGAUCCAUUCAUCAAAGCUGGUAAACCUCAAAUUCGUAUCGAGUACGAAAGUUCCAUCAAGAAAUGUCCUUCUUUGAAGCAAGGUCAACAGUUAUUGGUUUACAGUGGUUCUGUAGUCAACUCCACUCAGAUCACUCUUAGUUGUCCAUAA